GUCUUUAACAUAUCAUUACACACACUCUCUCUCUCUCAACUUUCACCUCGCAAACUAGGACCGCCAAAUAUGGUUACUGAAUUACCAUUGACCCCCGCCGCCGCCAGCGGCCACCCGUCGUUCCAGUUCGCUGUCCAAGUCGUCCGCGGCCGGUGGUUCUCGCUCUUCGCAUCCUUCCUAAUCAUGGCGGGAGCAGGGGCAACCUACCUCUUCGGAGUUUACUCCAAAGAGAUAAAAUACUCCCUCGGAUACGACCAAACCACCCUCAACCUCCUCGGUUUCUUCAAAGACCUCGGCGCCAACAUCGGCGUCCUCUCCGGCCUCAUCGCCGAGGUAACACCAACCUGGGUCGUGCUCUUAAUCGGCUCUGCCAUGAACUUCUUCGGCUACUUCAUGAUAUUCCUCUCCGUCACCGGCAGAAUCCCCAAGCCGAAGGUUUGGCAGAUGUGUAUGUACAUCUGCAUCGGAGCGAAUUCCCAGAACUUCGCCAACACCGGAGCUUUGGUAACUUCGGUCAGAAACUUCCCUGAAAGCAGGGGAAUCAUGUUGGGCCUGUUAAAGGGUUUCACGGGGUUAAGUGGAGCCAUAAUGACCCAAGUGUAUCUGGCUAUCUACGGAAACGAUUCCAAGUCCUUGAUUCUUCUGAUCGGGUGGCUUCCCGCGGCGAUAUCGGUGGUUUUUGUGUACACAAUCCGGCCGAUGAAGGUGGUUCGGCAACCGAACGAGCUGAGAAUAUUUUACCAGUUCUUGUAUGUGUCGAUUGUGCUGGCUUUGUUUCUCAUGGUUAUGACGAUAUGUCAGAAAUUGGUGACUUUUCCACAGGCAGGCUAUGCUCUUAGUGUCACCGUGGUCUGUGCCUUGCUUUUUGUUCCCCUUUUUAUAGCCAUUAGAGAAGAAUUAGUCCUCUGGAACCAAUACCCAAAAGGUGCAAAACCCAUGAGUCCCAGUUCACAUAUAUUGGAGCCAACACCAACACCAAAACCACUGCUAGAAGAGAAGCCCAAAACAACUUGUUUUCAAGACAUUUUCAUCAAUAAGCCUGAGAGGGGGGAGGACUACACCAUAUUACAAGCACUUCUGAGCACUGACAUGCUAAUUCUGCUUUUCGCAACCUUUUGUGGGCUUGGCUCGAGCUUGACUGCUGUAGACAACUUGGGCCAAAUCGGAGAAUCCCUUGGAUACCCAACAAAAACUAUCAAGACCUUUGUAUCCCUACUGAGCAUAUGGAAUUAUUUCGGGAGAAUUUUCUCCGGAUUCGUUUCCGAAGCCCUCCUUUCUAAAUACAAGUUUCCUCGGACGCUUAUGAUGACCCUGGUCCUUUUCUUGUCCUGCAUCGGCCUCCUCUUCAUCGCCUUCCCAAUCCCCGGUUCGGUCUACAUCGCAUCCGUGAUCAUUGGAUUCUCAUUCGGCGCUCAAUUGCCUCUGAUUUUCGCCAUCAUCUCCGAGCUCUUUGGACUAAAGUACUACUCCACGUUGUUCAACUGUGGCCAACUGGUUAGUCCCCUCGGCUCCUACAUACUAAAUGUGAAAGUUACAGGGCCUCUUUACGAUAUGGAGGCGUUAAAGGAUCUUGACAAGAGAGGAAUGAAUCGAUCUUCGGUUAAGGAAUUGAUUUGCAUCGGUGUUCACUGUUACAGGCUUGCUUUUGUGAUUCUGGCAGGGGUUACUUUUCUGGGGGCUCUUGCUUCAAUGAUCUUGGUUGCGAGAACCAGGGAAUUUUACAAGGGGGAUAUAUACAAGAAGUUUAGAGAGAGAGGGGAAGAGGGUACUGGUGGGGAGAUGGAUGACACACAAAAGAAGGGAAAAGCAGUUGAAGAGGAAGAGGAAGGGCACCAUGGGAAAUGAAUAAGAAAUGGAACUGAAGAAAGGGAAGAGCAGUUGAAGAUGCAGAGCUAUUAUCCGAAGUAAUCUUAUGAUUCUUAUCUUCUUUUUUUCGGUUAUUACAAGAUUAGUGAUCUUAUCAAAUUGUUUAGUGCAACAAGUUCAAGUUCAUCAUCAUCAGUCUCACACAUUGAUGUGGAAUUUUUAAGGAAUUAAUGUAUGAGUUCGAAAUUAGUGGUGCAAGAACUUAUGACACA